GUUCAGAUAAAAAAGAACCAGCGAAAAAUACACUGUAAUUACAUAUGAGGAGAUUCUGACAAUAUGUUACUGCUGUUUUAUUUGUCAUAAAAUGUAUCUGUUUUUUAGGAUAUUAUGGUAUUAUUCAGGAAUUAACUUGCUAGAUGAUGGCAGCCAAUACGUUAUUGUUAAGUGAUUUCGAGCAUCAGUACUCAGUGCAGACUGCUGAAAUUACAGCACGUAUCGGACGUUUGAGAGAUUUGGACAAAAAUGGGCGAGUUGAAGGGAUUCAUCAGAUUCAACGUUUAUUGGUUGAUGUUGAAAAUCUUCUGGAACAAAUGGAAUUAACAGUUAGGGAAUUAAAGCCAUCAAGUGCUGAACGGUCGAAAUAUGAGUUAAGAGUUCGCAGCUAUCGAAAUGACAAAAAGCAGUUGGACGCUGAACUGGAUAAAGCAAUUCAACGCUUGAAGGAUAAUGCUGAUCGGGAUGAACUGAUGGCAUAUGAUAAUCAAAUUUCUUUGAAUCAGCAAGAUCAACUGAUUGAAAAUACCGAAAGGUUGGAGAGAACAUCCAGAAGACUUCAAGACACUUACAGAAUGGUGAUUGAAACGGACCAGAUUGGAACGGAAGUAUUAAACGACCUGAGUUCCCAACGUGAAACAAUAAUGCGGGCACGUGAACGUAUGCGGCAAGCAGACAGAGAUUUAAAUAGAAGCCAUAAAAUGUUAUCAGUAAUGAUACGCAGAAUAAUCCAGAAUCGUUUGUUGCUGCUUAUUAUCGCUGUGCUACUUCUGUUUUUAUUGUUAUUCAUCAUUUACAAGUCCUUGUGAUGGUACUGGAUAGAGCGCGUACCCGAUUAGCAACAACUAUUUUCAUCUUUUAUUUAAUCCGAAAUUUCAAACAAUUUAAUCACUAGUGCGUUUUUGGUUAAGC